AAGGAAAUAUUCGUCUUUACUAAAACACUGAAAAUAUUUCUAGACAGAAUUUUUUUACGGGUACUCCUUCCUAUAGUAAAUAUAUAGCAGAGUAGGCGGAAGCCUGUCGAGAAAGCUUAUAAGCUCAUAUUUGUGUGAUUCCUUCGUUAAGAUGUGCCAGUUAAUGAGACUAAUUGUAUUAUGUAAAACAAAAUGAACUAUGAAUACACUAGAAAUAGUUUGGACUCUUAGUUUAUUGUUCCAGAAAUGUUGCACAAAUGAAUUCUAUGAUCGUCUCAGAAAAACCUUAUUUUCAAAUAUCGAUUUGAAAUUUCGUAUAGACACAAUCUUUGACGAAAAUAGUUUCUUAUAAAUGUGCCAGAUCUUGUUCGUCUUCCUGUCAUCACAUACAGCGAUAGUAAAAAGAACAUCUUUUACAUUGCUCAAAUAUAAUGAUAGAUUGUUUGUUCCUAUUUCAGAAUAGAAGCAAAUCAAAAGACAUGCAACUUUCAUUAUUAACUAUUCUCAUUGAGAAGUCAACAUUCGAAAAACCAGGUUUUUCUUUUAGUAUUCCCUAAGCUUGUAAGCAAAAUUCACAUGCUUAGAAUCCUAUAAGAUGGUUAUCUUUUUUUCACCCUAUUAUCUUUGAUUGAUCUAGACGUUAACUAGCAAUCUACAUUCAUUUUCUCACCAUUAACUUGAUAGUAGAAUUAUAGAAAAGUCAUCUACAUUUGUAAAUGAUUUAUACAAAUCUUUUUAAUAUUCAAGGAUUCUGAAGAUGAACAACAACAAAGUAAUAACAUAACACCUAUACCAAUUAUGAAAAGCAUUGAAUCAACUUCAUUUGAACCUGAUUAUAUACCUUCUUCAUCUGUUAAAUAUCAUCAACAUAGAAUCGAAGAAUCACCUAACAAACAUGCUAUAACAACAACAACGAAGAAAAUAAAUAUAUCUAAUCGAAAUGAAUAUGAAAAUCUUGAAAGACCUACAAAAUUAAAACGAAAAACAACAAUUGAACCAAAAAAAUUAACAAAUGAUCGUCAAUAUAAUAAACAAUCAAAUUCAUUAAUAACAUCGGAUGGAAUUCGAUAUUCAAAUAAUUUAAUGAAAACAUAUGUUAAUGAUUAUGAUAGUGGUAUUGGAACAACAAAUAUAACUAAAUUAAGUCAUGAUAGUAAAUUAUAUACUACUACAAUGGAUGAAAGUCGUUUUCAUUCAUUCUAUGAUGAACAAGAAUCAAUGUCAUCAUCAUCAUCACAUUCAAGUAGUUCAAACUUUACAAGUUCUGGAAGCCCUUAUAGCAAAUAUACAAACAAAUUCGAUAGUUCAUCAUUAAAUAGAAGAAAACAUCAAGGUCAUUAUGUAGAUCCUCAUCAUUCAUCUGAUAUUGAUACACGUGUAACCGGUUCAUUUGAUCCUAUUCCACAAAUAUCUUCAUCUAAUAAAGAAAUACAUGAUAAUUCUAAUAUUUGGAAAUCACAAAGAACACCAAUAUAUUAUAGUUCACGUAUAUUACCAUCAAAUCGAAGUGUAUCUAUUGGAAAUCGUCAAAUUGAUAAAAAACAAAUAAAAAAUUCUCAUUCAUUUAUUACACCAAAAUUAAUAACUCAACAAAAUUUAUAUUAUCAAUCAAUGAUACCAAGAACACAACAUCAAAAACGAUAUCGAAGUUCACUUUAUAUAAAUCAACCACAUACAAAUCAACGUUUACAAGAAAUAAAUAAUCAAUAUAAACCAAAUAGUCUUUAUUUAGAUUCUCAAACAGGAAUUAUUUAUCGAUAUGAAUCAAAUCAAAAUCAAUAUCCACCUAAAAUUUAUAAUAGAUUACCUUCACAACAGAGUUUAUAUGAAUGUGCUCAAUGUGGAAGUAUUACAACAUAUCAUCAUCGUCAUCAUAUCGAUUCAACAUUAAAACGAAUUCCAUCUUAUCAAGAUGAUCCUGGUUAUGAAAGUGGACAUAAGUAAGAAUAAUAUUAUAUAUAUAUGGGCGCGAUCAACUGCCCUGAUACAGUCCUAUUGUAAGGAUAAAACACACUAUUGUCCGGGCCGUAUGAGAGUGGAUCCCAGAUAACCCUGGAUUGGCCUGAACAACACCAUGUUUUAUCCUUACAAUAGCUUUUGUCUACUAUUGUAAGGAUAAAACAUGGUGUUGUUCAGGCCAAUCCAGGGUUAUCUGGGAUCCUGUCUCAUACGGUCCGGACCAGAGAUGGACAAAAUCGCACCGCGCCUCCCCGCUGCUCGCGCCUAAGCGCUACGCACAUCUCUCUUUCUCUUUGCUCUACCAAUCAGUUUCUCAAACUCCACCGAAUACCGGGAUGCUCUAGGCAUGCGCUCAUCGAAGCUCAGACUAGUGUAGCAUAGGCGUGAGCAACGGCGCAGGGAGGCGCGGUGCGACUUUGUCCAUCUCUGGUCCGGACAAUAGUGUGUUUUAUCCUUACAAUAGGACUGUAUCAGGGCAGUUGAUCGCGUCCAUAUAUAAUAAUUUUUCAUUAUUUAAGAAAAACAAAUUAUUGUUC